CGUUCCGUGCCGUGGUACACGAGUUUAUUAGGACUCGAGAACGGAUUGUCCCAGUCGCUCUUUGCGUGGCAGCCCGAGUGGUUUCCAGUCGCGAACGGCUCGUUCCAGACUCCGGUGCUGCCUUUACGCUCAAGUCAACUCCACACAGACCAUUCGUGUCGCCCUUCCCCCACUGUUUCUUUUUUGAUCGUUUAACGUCGAAGCUUUUAAAACUUUUCAACCAUGUCUGAUGAAGAAGAGUACUCUGAUGAGGAGGAGGUGUCCAAGAAACCCCAGAAAAAGGGAGCUCCGGCUCCGGCUCAUCAUGAAGAUGAAGGACCCCAAGGUGCUGAUGUCCUCAAGCACCGUCAAGACCAGAAACGAGCUGAGUUGGAGAUUCAGCUGAAGGAAUACAUCGACGAAUGGCGCAAACAGCGCGUCAAGGAAGAAGAGGACCUCAAGCGUCUCAAGGAAAAGCAAGCCAAGCGCAAGGUGUUGCGUGAGGAAGAAGACAAGAAAUUGGCAACGAUGAAGAAAGAGGAAGAAGACCGUCUUCGCCGCUUGGUUGAGGAGAAGAAGCAAGGUGAGUUGGAGGAGAAACGAAGACGAUUGGCUGAAGUUGAACAGAAGCGACAGGCUGCUGAUAAAGUCUCCAAGGACAAGGCCGCCAUCAGCUCCAACUUCAAAGUUGUUAAGAAAGGAACCGCCGAUCCUACCGCUGCCCAGGCAUCCACUGGUGGUAUGGACAAAUUCUCCAACGUGGAAUCGGCCCGUAACGACUUGUUGAAGUCCAAAGAGCAGUUGGAAGAAGAAAAGAAAAUUUCGCUCUCCUUCCGUAUCAAACCUUUGGAAAUCGAUGGCCUGGGUUGCGAUGGUCUUAGAAAGAAGGCCGCCGAACUUUGGCAGACAAUCGUCACCUUAGAAACUGAGAAGUACGAUCUUGAAGAGCGCUCCAAGCGUCAAGACUACGACCUCAAAGAGCUGAAAGAGAGGCAGAAGCAGCAGCUUAGGCAUAAAGCUCUUAAGAGAGGAUUAGAUCCUGAGGCUUUAACUGGAAAGUACCCGCCCAAAGUCAAGUUGGCUUCCAAGUUUGAGCGAAAGUUCGAUCAGCGCACAUUCGUCGACAAGAAAGGCCUUUUCGAUGGUGGAUGGGACGUUAUUGUGAAAGACGUCGAUGAAAAGUCCUGGCAGGAGAAGUACACCGAGUAUACGACUCGCCCCAAGACUAAACUCCCCAAAUGGUUCGGUGAGCGACCUGGCAAAAAGAAGGGAGAUACCGACAGCCCGGACGGAGAGGAAGCCGAGCCCAAGGACGUGGAUGAUUUCCUGGAACCUCCACCCCCAGUCGUUGAAGAGGAGGAAGAAGAGGCAGCAGAAGAAGAGGAAGAGGAGGAGGAAGAAGAGGAAGAAGAGGAAGAGGAAGAAGAAGAGGAGGAAGAGGAAGAAGAAUAGAUCCUUCGUAACUCUUCAUACUUCAACUUUAUACUUGAUUCUUCCCUCUUUCGAAUUGCUUCGUUUCGUAUGUCAAAUAAUUCUGAAAAACGGACAACCUUAUCUCUGCCAUUGUAUCAUUUAUUGGUUUAACCUUUUUCUUUGAUUGGAAAUCUAUCCCACCUCCUUUUUUGUUUUUUUGUUGGAUUAUUUUUCUGAAUGGAGCCACUCUGAUCGAAUCAAGAGAAACCACCAACGUCUAUGCGAGAAAAUAUCAGCAACAAAUAAAACGCGUAGUCGUCUCUUCUCUGGUCAUGUUAUAAGCCUAUCUACCCAAUCUUUUUUUUUUUUUUAAAUUUUACUUUCACUUUUCUAAUUCUUCAAUGUGUAACUUCUCCUUACAGCUGUUUCCUUUAUUCUUCUCUCUUAUUUCUAUCUCCACUUGAUUCUUUCACCCACCUAUUUUGCCUUCUUCUCCUCUUUAUGUUCUAGGCUUGAUUACGGUUGAGUUCACUGUGUGUUGCAUAUUAUAUCUAUCUUUACCAGACAAGUUGUACGUUAUACCGACAUACACAUGGCUACCACUUA